AAGUAGAAAAUAAUUUGUGGUUUUGACGGGCCUUAUUGGCGUUUACAGUUUGUCUUUGUAUCGUUCAGGGAUAUAGUCAUUAUGCCAACAAUUAAGCUGCAAAGCUCAGACGGAGAGAUGUUUGAAGUGGACGUUGAAAUCGCCAAACAGUCUGUAACUAUAAAGACAAUGUUGGAAGAUUUAGGCAUGGAUGAUGAAGGGGAUGAUGAUCCCGUCCCUCUUCCAAAUGUGAAUGCGGCCAUCCUCAAAAAGGUAAUUCAGUGGUGCACGCAUCACAAAGAUGACCCCCCACCCCCUGAGGAUGAUGAGAACAAAGAGAAGAGGACAGAUGACAUCCCUGUGUGGGAUCAGGAGUUUCUCAAAGUGGACCAGGGCACACUCUUUGAGCUCAUUCUGGCUGCAAAUUAUUUGGACAUCAAAGGUUUGCUAGAUGUCACCUGCAAAACAGUUGCAAAUAUGAUUAAAGGUAAAACCCCAGAAGAAAUCAGGAAGACGUUCAACAUCAAAAAUGACUUCACAGAGGAAGAGGAAGCUCAGGUACGCAAGGAGAACCAGUGGUGUGAAGAGAAAUAAAGUUCAUCCAGACAAUGUCACACUGCAAGGACUGUAAGGAUGUUCCCAAAAACACAUUUACUGGUUGCACUGCGCUAGUCAUACUUGCUGAUAUUUACCAGUAGACCAGUAGAAUUAGACCUUUUGUGUAUUGAUGGCAUGAUCUUCAUUGCUUGUCUAGUGAAAAGAGAAUUAUAAUUUAAGUGGUAUCUGUUUUUAAUCUUUCUUUGUAUAUUCAGCAGAAAUAAAUAAUCUCUUCACCUCUCCCAAGUAAAA